AUGGAACAUUUCUAUUCCAAGCAUCAAACUAUCCGUUCACAACUUUUGGAGUUAUCCUUAUCCCGGCAAUGUGAUACGCCUUGUGGCUUGGUGAAUGAAGCAAAUACGGACAAUCCCUUUGGGGUUAGGAUAAGACCAGGUGAUGUUACCAGUUUUCCUGCAUUAAACACCCUUGAUCUCACAAUAGACGUACUCGACCUCGCACCUGGUGCAAAUGUUCCAGUUCACACACACCCUCGAGGAAGUGAAGCUAAUUUAGUCAUAAAAGGGAAAGUCCUUUUUGGGUUCAUAACUACUAAUAAUGUUUUGUACUCAAAGGUUCUGAAUGCUGGAGAGCUGUCUAUUAUUCCUAUAGGACUUGUGCACUUUGUACGGAAUGUUGGACCGGAAAAGGCCGUCGUGGUAGCUGUUUUUAAUAGUCAAUCGCCUAGAGCUUCAGUAAUUCCUUUUAACCUCUUUGGUUCUAAGGCAGCAAUUCCUAAUGAUCUUUUGGCUAAAAACUUCCUAGUUGAUGAGAACGUCAUCGCCAGCAUUAAGUCUAAGUUCGAAAUCCAAUAUCUUGAUAGUUUGGCUGAAGAUACUUUGUUAUCUGAUUCACAGAUGCAAGAGUUGGUGGGCUGCAAAAAGGACUUUGAAAGGACAAAAGCUGCAAGACAUAUUGGUAUUCUGGAUGUUAACUUCUCUGAAGCUGAAGUUUUACAAGCAAUUCAAGAUCUAGAACAUGAUAAGGCACCAGGCCCAGACGGCUUCCCCAUUAUCGGUUCAAGAGGUGUUAGACAAGGAUGUCUCAUGUCUCCACUUUUAUUCAACAUUGCUAUGGAAGGUUUCUCUAGAUAUAUUGAUAGAGCCGCUAACUCUGGUUUAUUCAAUGGUUUUUUUAUGGUGGAGAAUGGUUCUGUCGUUAAUCAUUUGCACUAUGCAGAUGAUACUAUCUUCUUUGUUGACAACAAAAAAGAGGAACUUACCAACUUAUUCUCCAUUCUACAUUGUUUUGAGUAUAUUGCAGGUUUGAAGGUCAAUAAAUCUAAAACACGACUGAUUGCAAUUGGAGAUGUCCCUCCAAUUAAUGUAUGGGCUACAGAGUUGGGGUGUGCAAUUGAUACAUUUCCUUUCAUGUACUUAGGUAUGCCUCUGGGAGAAAAGCCUAAAUCUAAGGAAAUUUGGGUACCUAUUAUAGAGAAGUAUGAUACAAGAUUUUCUAUAUGGAAUCAGAUUUCUCUUACCAAAGGAGGAAAGUUAGCUCUCUUGAAAUGCAUUUUAACUUCCCUUCCUAUGUACUACUUUUCCCUUUUCAAGGCACCAAUUUCAGUGAUCAAGAUUUUAGAAAAGAAAAUGAGAACUUUUCUGUGGGGAAAUAGCAGUUUUUCUCAUUUGAUAAAAUGGGAAGUGGUAUAUGCGGAUAAAGAAAGAGGAGGAUUAGGAGUGCUCAAUUUGAGAUUCAUGAACUUGGCUCUUCUAGCAAAGUGGAGGUGGAGAUUUGGGAUAGAGAAAAAUAGCUUGUGCUAUAAUCUCAUAGUUGAGAAAUAUGGAUGCAACUUCUCUCAAUGGGUUACAGGUCCGGUUUAUUUCCCACACGGAGUAUCCUGCUGGAAAACUAUUUCGGAAACUAGUGAUCUGAUUAAUAAUAACUCCUCUAUGUGCGUCCAUUCUGGCGCUAGGAUUUCAUUCUGGUAUGAUAAGUGGGUGGGUACUUCAUCUCUGGAAAAUAAUAUUAAUCUUCUUUGCAAGCUAGAUAGACUUCAGUUUGGCACUCUAGCUGAUCACAUUACAUCUGACGGCGCCUGGAGAUUCGAUUUCAAGAGGGUUUUAAAUAACUCAGAAGUGGCCCAGUUAGCAGGGUUACUCAACAUUAUUGGCAGCAAUCCCCCUACAACAGAUACCCUACAUGAUACUAAGCGUUGGAAACAUCACACCUCAGGGUGUUUUUCUGUUAAAACCUUAUACCAGACUUUCAUAUCUGUCGAUGGUGUUGACAACUUCCCACAUCAGUUUAUUUGGAUGGAUGGAGUUCCACCAAAAGUCUCCUUCUUAUUAUGGUGUGUUGUUCAUGGUAAGUUAAUCUCUUUAGACAUGUUACAUCGCAAAGGGAUGGACGUUUACAGCUUUUGCAUUCUAUGUGGUGAUAGUAAUGAGUCGCAGGACCAUCUUUUACUGCACUGUAAAGUUGCUUACAGCACUUGGAUGGAUGUUACUCCUGAUAAGCAUUGGGUUUGGGUGUUUCCGGAGACUAUGUUUUCUCUGGAUCAUACAUGGUCUCGUAAUUCUCUUUGA